UGAGAAGCGGCGCCGGGGAGGGGGCUGAGCAUCCUCUCCCCGCGGCGCCGGGCCGGGAGAGGAGGAGGCCGGGCGCCCGGCGUCCCGCCGCUCCGCCUGAUGCUGGAGGGGCGAAGGUGGUGAUGAUGGCGCAGAGGACGUGAGCUGUACCUCAUCCACCCACUGAGUGGCACCACCAUGCAGAAGCCCAGCGGCUUGAAGCCCCCGGGCCGUGGGGGGAAGCACUCGAGUCCUGUCGGCCGGACGUCCUCCGGGUCGGCUUCGGGCUCUGCGGCGGCAGCUGCAGGCUCCAAGGAAGGCUCCCCCCUGCACAAGCAGGCCUCCGGCCCCUCUUCUGCGGCCACAGCUGCCGCCCCUGAGAAGCCUGGGCAGAAGACAGCCGAGGUGGGCGAUGACUUCCUGGGGGACUUCGUGGUUGGCGAGCGGGUAUGGGUGAACGGUAUGAAGCCGGGCGUGGUGCAGUACCUGGGUGAGACACAGUUCGCACCUGGCCAGUGGGCUGGCGUGGUGCUGGAUGACCCGGUGGGCAAGAACGAUGGCGCCGUGGGCGGCGUGCGCUACUUCGAGUGCCCAGCCCUGCAGGGCAUCUUCACCCGACCCUCCAAGCUGACCCGGCAGCCCACGGCCGAGGGCUCAGGCAGCGAUGCCCACUCGGUGGAGUCGCUCACCGCCCAGAACCUGUCCCUGCAUUCGGGUACAGCCACACCCCCGCUGACCAGCCGUGUCAUCCCGCUGCGGGAGAGCGUCCUUAACAGCUCCGUCAAGACAGGCAACGAGUCAGGCUCCAACCUCUCGGACAGCGGCUCUGUGAAGCGGGGUGACAAGGACCUGCGCCUGGGAGACCGCGUGCUGGUUGGCGGUACGAAGACUGGCGUCGUGCGAUACGUGGGGGAGACAGACUUUGCCAAGGGCGAGUGGUGUGGCGUGGAGCUGGACGAGCCCCUUGGGAAGAAUGAUGGGGCGGUGGCGGGUACCAGGUACUUCCAGUGUCCACCCAAGUUUGGUCUCUUCGCACCCAUCCACAAGGUGAUCCGCAUCGGCUUCCCAUCCACCAGCCCUGCCAAGGCUAAGAAGACCAAGCGUAUGGCCAUGGGAGUCUCGGCUCUGACCCACAGCCCCAGCAGUUCCUCCAUCAGCUCCGUCAGCUCUGUGGCCUCUUCCGUGGGGGGCAGGCCUAGCCGCAGCGGCCUGCUCACGGAGACCUCUUCGAGAUAUGCCCGCAAGAUCUCCGGCACAACUGCCUUGCAGGAGGCACUGAAGGAGAAGCAGCAGCACAUCGAGCAGUUGCUGGCUGAGCGGGACCUGGAGCGGGCUGAGGUGGCCAAGGCCACAAGCCAUAUCUGCGAGGUGGAGAAGGAGAUCGCUCUGCUGAAGGCACAACACGAGCAGUAUGUUGCAGAAGCAGAGGAGAAACUGCAGCGGGCCCGGCUGCUGGUGGAGAGCGUGCGGAAAGAGAAGGUGGACCUGUCCAACCAGCUGGAGGAGGAGCGGAGGAAGGUGGAGGACCUGCAGUUCCGAGUGGAGGAGGAGUCCAUCACCAAGGGAGACCUGGAGACCCAGACGCAGCUGGAGCACGCACGCAUUGGGGAGCUGGAGCAGAGCCUGCUACUGGAGAAGGCGCAGGCCGAGCGGCUGCUCCGAGAAUUAGCGGACAACAGGCUGACCACGGUGGCAGAGAAGUCACGGGUGCUGCAGCUGGAGGAGGAGCUCAACCUGCGGCGCGGCGAAAUCGAGGAGCUGCAGCAGUGCCUGCUGCACUCGGGCCCGCCGCCCGCCGACCACCCCGAGGCUGCCGAGACACUGCGGCUGCGGGAGCGGCUGCUGUCAGCCAGCAAGGAGCACCAGAGGGAGAGCGGCGUGCUGCGGGAAAAGUAUGAGAAGGCGCUGAGGGCGUACCAGGCCGAGGUGGAGAAGCUCCGGGCAGCCAACGACAAGUACGCGCAGGAGGUGGUGGACCUCAAGGCCAAGGUCCAGCAGGCAACCAGCGAGAACAUGGGGCUCAUGGACAACUGGAAGUCCAAGCUGGACUCUCUGGCCUCAGACCACCAGAAGUCCCUGGAGGACCUCAAGGCCACCCUGAACUCAGGCCCAGGAGCCCAACAGAAGGAGAUUGGGGAGCUGAAGGCCGUGAUGGAAGGCAUCAAGAUGGAGCACCAGCUGGAGCUGGGUAACCUGCGGGCCAAGCACGACCUUGAGACCGCCAUGCACGUGAAGGAGAAGGAGGGCCUUCGGCAGAAGCUGCAGGAGGCCCAGGAGGAGCUGGCCGGCCUGCAGCAGCACUGGCAGGCCCAGCUGGAGGUGCAGGCCGGCCAGCAUCGGCUGGAGCUGCAGGAGGCCCAGGACCAGUGCCGUGACGCCGAGCUGCGGGUGCGCGAGCUCGAGAAGCUGGAUGUGGAGUACCGGGGACAGGCACAGGCCAUCGAGUUCCUCAAGGAGCAGAUCUCCCUGGCUGAGAAGAAGAUGCUGGACUACGAGCUGCUGCAGCGGUCGGAAGCCCAGAGCAAGCAGGAGGCCGAGAGGCUGCGGGAGAAGCUUCUGGUCACAGAAAACAGACUCCAGUCCGUCAAGUCCCUGUGCUCAUCCCAGCACACCAAUAUGAUUGAGUCAGACGACAUCUCAGGGGAGAAGAUCAGGAUGAAGGAGACUGUGGAGGGCCUGCAGGACAAGCUGAACAAAAGGGACAAAGAGGUGACAGCUUUGACUUCCCAGACUGAGAUGCUCAGGGCCCAAGUAAGUGCACUGGAGGGAAAGUGCAAGUCAGGAGAGAAGAAGUUGGAGGCCCUCCAGAAGGAGAAGCGCCGUUUGGAGGCAGAGCUGGAGACCGUGUCCCGGAAGACCCACGACGCCUCCGGCCAGCUGGUCCUCAUCAGCCAGGAGCUGCUCCGGAAGGAGCGGAGCCUAAAUGAACUUCGAGUGUUGCUUCUGGAGGCCAAUCGCCACUCCCCAGGGCCUGAAAGGGACCUGGGCCGAGAGGUCCACAAGGCUGAGUGGCGGAUCAAGGAGCAGAAACUCAAGGAUGACAUCCGGGGCCUUCGCGAAAAGCUGACCGGACUGGACAAGGAGAAGGCCCUGUCGGAUCAGAGGCGCUACUCCCUCAUCGACCCAUCCUCGGCGCCUGAGCUCCUGCGGCUGCAGCACCAGCUGAUGAGCACAGAGGAUGCACUGCGGGAUGCACUGGACCAGGCUCAGCAGGUGGAGAAGCUCAUGGAGGCCAUGAGGUGCCACCCCGACAAGUCCCAGGCCAUUGGCAAUUCCGGUUCUGCGAAUGGCAUCCACCAGCAAGACAAAGCCCACAAACAAGAGGCUCCUGGAGACACUUGCUGAUCAAGCCCUUGCUCUCUCCAGGACAAGCACUGACCCUGAGGGACACCAAGGAGCGGCCCACUCCACACCAGAGCCCCUCCAGCCUGCCCCGGCGGCGCCCCCUCCAGGCAGGGGCCAGAACUGUCACUUUGGAGACAAGAACAGUGUUUGUAACAAUAAUGUGCCCACCGCCGCGGACAAUCCCUCGCCCCGACCCCCCUGCCGGACCAGGAGGCUUCCUCAAGCACGACCUUCCGGAGAGCGGUACAGCCCAGCCUGGCCCCUGGGACCUUCAACCUGGACGCCCCAGAUGCCCAGCAGUUUCCAGAGUUUGAGGAGGCAGAGGCCAUCGGCUGGGCCCCUCUUACCCAGAAGGAGCUGCCUGAGGACCAUCUUGGCACCCUGGGCACACCCCUGUCCUCCCUUUCUGUCCUCUUUCCAGUCUUUCCAGGGGUCCCCCUCAAGCCCCAGAGAGCCAUUGUCCUGGGAAGGAACUGGAGGAGGCCCCACUUCUCCUUGCAGGCACCAAGGAGGGAAGCCCACUCCUCAGAGGCCAGGGGAUCCUCUUUUCUUCAGCCACUUCAGGCUUCCCCAGGGCUUCUAGUCCCCACUUUACCGAGCCCUCCUCUUCAGAGAGUGAUUCAGGUUGUCCUCAGCCCAUCUGCCCAGUGAGGCCCCAGGUUCAAGAUGUUGGGGGCAAGGUCCUUACCCCACCCCAAUACCAAAACACACUUUAAACUCCAAGCUGCUGGCCAGAUGGUGGAUAUCAAGGUCAGGAGAUAACAGUAUUAGGAAGGUUUGGAAACCCCUCUCCUCACCCCCACCAUGGACCUGGCUUGGAGCUGGCAAGGACUGGCCAUCCCAGGGGGCAUAACAUGGCAACCCCUUGGGUUGACUAGAUCUUCCAGACCUGGGCCACCCACCUGUAUAUGCCUCACGCUGACCUGUAUACCCACUGACCCCUGCACACACUCGGGGUCGAGGCAGGGGUUUGCCAUCAGCCACUAUCAGGCCACAAUGAUGCAAGACGUGAGCCUCACGUGAGGGACCAGGUCCUCACUCAGCACGAAAACGCCUACCCAGCUGUGCAUGGGCACCCAGGGACACGUGGGGGACGCAGAGAUGUGUGCGCCUGCCCCUCCUCAGAAGGUGCGGGCCCACCAGCCCUCCCUCUCCCUCGACUCCUGUGGGCCGCUCCAGACUAGCGUGGGUCCAGAAGGCCAGUGCUGACCUGGCAGCCCCACCCCUAAAGCUGGAGAGCCCGCAGGCCAUGCCUUGUGCCUCAGCGUCACCGUAGGGGCCUGCCCCUCCCCCAGCUCAGGGAAAGAUUUCAGUGGGGCUGCCCCCUGCCCGCGGCUGGGAUGGGAGCCUGAGGCCCCGUCACGGCCUGCCCGCAGUGCAGUGCGCCCACAGAUAUGCAGCCUGUGCUCUGAGCAGAGCCCACGUCCCCUCCGGGUGCUGCAGGCACACCAGGGUGCGCCCGUUCUUGCCCAAACAGCCGCUGAGGCGGCCCCUCCCCUCUGUUGGCUUUUGGUAGCUCGCAUGCGGUUUUAUUCAGUCUAGAAGCGAUGCUUUAGUGGCCUAACCCAGAGUCAGAUACUAGUCUUUCCAGCAAAACCAGGCAGCUCACCCCCCCAGGAGGCCUUGACCAGUCUACUAACAGCCAAAGGCUCACCGGAGGGGCUGAACCCCAGGUGGGCUCGCAGGUGUGGAAGUAUUUUCGCCAAGAGCAUCUCCACCUCCACCUGCCCCGUGUGGGCUCAGCCAUGCGCCCCCAGGUCCCACCCACGCCACCCCUCCCACCCCAGUGGAAUUGUUGAAGUGUGGACAGUCCGUGCUCGAGAUAAUAAAGCUUGUGACUGAGGUCCAAGACCCCCCUCCCCCA